AUGCCCCAAUCAAAGGAAGGCUUUCUAUGGUCCCCGCACAAGACUGUAGAUGGCUUAGAAACAGAUGCCGUCACUCAAAGCUCCCCGAAUAUCAAAUCUGUCUACGACGCUAUAGUAAUCGGAACCGGGUUCGCAGGUCUAAUCGCAGCCCGCAAUCUCUCCCAAGACCCUCAUACCAGUGUCCUGCUAGUCGAAGCACGAGACCGAAUCGGUGGUCGAACAUGGACAGCAAAGGCAUUCGGUGAAGAGUUCGAAAUGGGUGGAACCUGGGUACACUGGAGCCAGCCCCAUCUCUACCAUGAGCUACACCGAUACGGUCUGCACCAUUAUCUAAAGACAUCGGCCGGAAGCUCGGCGGCGGAGAAACAGUAUUUCAAUUCUGGUGUUGAAGGGAUCAGAGAGAUCAAUCCAGAGGAAGGUGCUGCGAUUUUGGAGAGAGUUGCAGCAGAGUUCUUCAAUAUCGAUGGACUGAGUAGUCGAGAACUUAUGCCAUUUCCGCAUGAGCCUUUUCGGAAACCGGGGCUUUGGUCGAACUAUGAUUAUUUGACUGUUAAGCAGCGGCUGGAUCAGUUGACUGAAUUCUCGUCAUUUGAGAAGGACUUGUUCGAGUCCAAUGUGAGUACUUUUGGCAGUGCGCCCGGUGCUGAGACAGGAUUCACUGAGGCUCUUCGAUGGUAUGCGCUUGGCGGUCACAGUAUGGCUGGCGUGUAUGAGCGAGCGGGGAUAUAUAAGAUUGGGCAUGGGGGUAUGACGUCUUUUGCUCGAGCUGUUUUGGACGAGUUUAAGGGCGACAUAGUCAUGAAUACCGUUGUGGAGCAGGUUGAUGAAGGGCGGAAUGGGGUGACGCUUCAUGUAAGCGGUGGCAGGAAACUCCAUGGAAAAGCUAUCAUAUCGACUAUUCCACUGAAUUGUUUGAAAAAUAUCACGUUCAAUCCACCUCUUAGUCCCCUUCGACGUGAGGCCAUUGCCUCCGGACAUAUCAACAAAGGUGCUAAGAUUCAUUUUCGACUUGGUGCGACAGAAUCGGGCUGGUUUGCAACAAGUCAUGCCUCUGGAGGGUCACCUUUUCUUUUCGCUUUUUCGGAUCACAAUGGGAACCAGCCCUCUGGCCCUGAAGGGACAUGGUGUAUUGGCUUUGGGUACAAUGGCCACCUGACAGAUAAAAGAGAAAGCAGCCAUAUCAUCAAAGAGUUCCAGGAAAAUAUCAAACCACAAGCGACGAUUCAGGCAUACCUCACUCAUGAUUGGAUGAAUGAUCCUUUUGCGAAGGGUACAUGGUGUUGCUGGGGCCCGAAUCAUUUCAGCAAGUAUGUGCAGGAAUUGCAGAAGCCGCAUGGAAAGGUCGUCUUUGCGAGUGCAGAUUGGGCAGAUGGGUGGAGGGGAUUUGUGGAUGGUGCAAUUGAGAGUGGGCAGAAGUCUGCAAAUGAUGUCAAGGCACUGAUUGCUAGUGCCAGUCCCAUAAUUAAACUUUAA